AUGGGUUUCGGGAAGAGGGAGAGGCGAUAUGCGGGAGUUAGAUGCAUUGAACUGAAACUAGUGACUCUGGAUCCCUCGGCGGCUAACGACCGCCGUCGCUGCCGCCUCCGUCACCAAACCACCACCAACGAAGACGACGACGACGAGGACAUUGGAUUCCCUCAGUAUGCUCCAACAAUGGCGGAUGAAGAAUCCAACCACCAUUUAAUAGAUUCGCCGUCGCCGCCUCUUCUCGCGAUGAGACACCAGUCGACGUUUUCGGCGGCGGAGAACGGUGGUUGCGGCGAGAUCGUGGAGGUUCAAGGAGGCCACAUUGUCCGGUCAACAGGAAGAAAAGACCGACACAGCAAAGUCUGUACGGCCAAAGGACCACGUGACCGGCGCGUGAGGCUCUCCGCCCCGACGGCGAUUCAGUUCUACGACGUUCAAGAUAGACUCGGCUUCGAUCGACCAAGCAAAGCCGUCGAUUGGCUCAUCAAAAAAGCUAAAUCCGCCAUUGACAACCUCGCCGAGCUUCCUCCUUGGAAUCCCGCCGAUACAAUCCGUCAGGCGGCGGCAAACGCUAAACCCAGGAGAUCCAAAACCGCAGUUUCUCCGACGGAGACCGGAAUUCGCGGUGCUUCUGUAUCAACCCGAGCGUCCGGAGAAGAAACAGAGCAUCCUCAUCAUCAUCAUCAUCAUCAUCAUCAAUCGAGUUUUCUUCCGGCGUCGAUGGACUCUGAUUCGAUAGCUGACACUAUAAAGUCGUUUUUCCCGGUCGUUUCAACGGAAGCUAUUCAACAGAACUAUCAUCAGCCACCGUCGGAUUUUCCUUCACGAGCCAAUUCACAAAACCAAGAUCUUCGUCUCUCACUUCAAUCUUUCCAAAAUGGUCCGCCUUUUGCUAAUCAAACAGAGCAUGCUCUGUUCUCCGGCCAGAGCAAUCCGAGCUGGGACCAGUCUAAUACGAGCUGGGACCAGUCGCAACAGAAUCAUCACCAGUCACCGGAAUUCGGAAGGAUGCAGAGACUCGUGACGUGGAACAACGGCGGAGCAGCUGAUCCCUCCGCCGCAACCGGAGGAGGAUUUGUCGAUUCGUGGAACAAUGAAUGUGUACUCGUUGUUGUGUUUUGGAUAUCGACACAAAUGUGAUUCAACUGUUACAGGUUCUUCCUCUAAAGUCCGAGCCUUUGCCAAUUUGAAUUCAUUUUGUAUCAAUUAGACAACUUUGAUGUAAACUCAGUUAUGUUCUAGUCAUGCGAGCUCGAUCACAUCUUGCUUGUUGUACUUGUAUAUCCUGAUUCUCAAGCAUAUUUGUUGUUGUGGUUGUAUUAAAUAAAAUUGUUUGUUAUUCUCUUUAUGCUCUUGUGUUGGAGGAAACCUUUAACCCCACUUGAAGCUAAAGUCUCUUGCUUUGCCCCCUUUAUUCCCAUGUGGAUGUGGG